AUGGGAGUGAAUGACUUGUGGCAGAUUCUGGAGCCUGUUAAACAACACGUCCACUUGCACAGUCUUGGUGGGAAAACCAUUGCGGUUGAUCUGAGUCUCUGGGUAUGUGAAGCACAGACAGUCAAAAAAAUGAUUGGGACAGUCAUGAAGCCCCACCUCAGGAACCUAUUUUUUCGUAUCUCAUAUUUAACGCUAAUGGACGUAAAACUGGUGUUCGUUAUGGAAGGGGAACCGCCAAAGCUGAAAGCUGAUGUCAUAAGUAAGAGGAAUCAGAUUCGGUAUGGAGGUUCGGGAAAAACAUGGUCUCAGAAAACAGGGAGAUCACAUUUUAAAUCAGUCUUAAAGGAGUGUCUUGAUAUGCUGGAAUGCUUAGGAAUUCCCUGGGUCCAAGCUGCUGGGGAAGCUGAAGCCAUGUGUGCUUACCUCAAUGCCAGUGGUUAUGUAGAUGGCUGCCUCACCAAUGAUGGAGAUGCUUUCCUUUAUGGGGCCCAAACUGUUUAUAGAAAUUUCACUUUGAAUACCAAGGACCCACAUGUUGACUGUUAUACAAUGUCAUCCAUCAAGAGUAAACUAGGUUUGGAUAGAAAUGCUCUGGUUGGGCUAGCAAUACUACUUGGCUGUGAUUAUCUUCCAAAGGGAGUCCCUGGAGUUGGAAAAGAGCAAGCAUUAAAACUUAUAAAGAUUUUGAAAGGGCAAAGUUUACUUCAGAGGUUUAAUCAGUGGAAUGAAAAAUUUUGUUACUCUAUUUCACAACCAGCAGUCGUUAGCAAACUGGCUCAUUGCUCUGUAUGUUCCCAUCCAGGUUCACCUAAAGGUCAUGAACGUAAUGGAUGCAAAUUAUGUAAAACUGAUCGAUAUUGUGAGCCACAUGAUUAUGAAUACUGUUGUCCUUGUGAGUGGCACCGAACAGAACAUGAGAGACAGCUAAAUGCAGUAGAAAACAGUAUUAAGAAAAAAGCUUGCAGUUGUGAGGGAUUCCCAUUCCACGAGGUUAUUCAAGAAUUCCUUUUGAACAAGGAUAAAUUGGUGACGGCAAUCAGGUACCAAAGACCUGAUUUAUUAUUGUUUCAGAGAUUUACUCUUGAAAAAAUGGAGUGGCCCAGUCACUAUGCAUGUGAGAAAUUGUUGAUACUGUUGACGCACUAUGACAUGAUAGAAAGAAAGCUCGGUAGAAGGAACUCUAAUCAACUACAGCCACUUCGAAUUGUUAAAAACCGAAUCAGAAAUGGAGUUCAUUGCUUUGAAAUAGAAUGGGAAAAGCCUGAACAUUACUCUAUAGAAGAUAAACCUGGAGAAUUGGUUUUACAAACAAUAGAAGAAGAAUCAUUGUUUGAAGCAGCUUAUCCUGAGAUUGUUGCUGUUUACCAAAAACAAAAGUCAGAAAUUAAAGGCAAGAAACAAAAAAGCAUGAAAACUAAGUCUAAAGAAAACAAUUUGCCAGAAUCAGAUGAUAUGAUGACUUUUCAAUCACACAUGACUUUAAAACCCACAUGCGAAAUCUUUUCUAAGCAGAAUUCCAAGUUAAAUUUGGAAAUUUCCCCCGAUUCUACAUUACCCCAGGAAUCUAUUUCUGUGUCAUUGAAUACCUUGCUUUUACCUGAAGAUGCUCCCUGUUUGAAUACACAAGAACAGUUAAUAUCUUCUCCAAGACCUUUGGCUGUGCAGCAAAUUAAAGCUGUCAGUAAGUCUCUGAUUGCAGAGUCUAGUCAACCCAGUACCUCAUCCCAUAAUAUAUCUGCAAUUGCUGAUCUGCACUUGAGCACCAUUGACUGGGAAGGUACUUCUUUUAGUAAUUCUCCAGCUAUCCCAAGGAACACUUUUGCUCAUGAUGUAAAAUCGGAACUUGAAACAGCUAUCCCUGAUAGCUUUAAAAAUAUUACAGGGCAAUUGUCAUGUGAAUCAGAAUGGUGCACUACAAACAUUAAUAAACUGUUCGAUUGGAAUCUUCAAAAGACUGAUCCUGAAGAGCACCUACUUUCUGGCAUUACUGAUUUACAUCUUCAGGAUUUACCUUUAAAGGAACGAAUACGUAUAAAAUCAUCAUAUCCUCAGAAUAAUAUACAACCAGAUGAUGAUCUGAAAACAUUGUCCCUACUUACUGUACAAGAACACUGUAUUGCUGAUAGUAGUUCUGAAUGUCUAUCACAUCUUUCAAAGGAUCUUCUAGGAAUUCAUUUGCAAAAUGAAUCUAGAAACUGUAAAGUCCUAAAAGGAAACCAGCUGUUUCAAGAAAACUAUAAAGCAAAUACUUCUAUACCUUAUUCUGUCAAUAACCCAAUAGUAAAGACCUCCAAUGUUAGAAUUGGACCACCAAAUACUGCUUUAGAUUAUAGUAGAAAAGUUGAUGUGCAAACCACUCGGAAAACUGUAAUGAAGAAGAGUGUUUGCCUUGACACACAUUCCUCUGGUGAAGAAAUUAUCCCAGAGUCUGGGAAAGCUAAGUCCACAACUCAAAAAAUGAAACAGAGUUCUCAGAAACAUAGCCCAGCCCAGUUCAAAAAAAAUGAUGCCAACAAAUUAAGUAACCCUAAAGCACAUAUUAAAGAAACUGAACAGUGUGUCCAGCCUUAUAAAACAGCUGGAAAUGAAGAAACCUGUUUCCAAGAUGCAGCAAAAAGAUCUCUGAGUUUUCUACAGUGUCGUGAGGAAAAAGACGUCUCUGGUACCUGUUUGGAUAGCCCUCUUCCUUUAAGUCAGAGAUUAAAACUAAGGUUCCAAAACACCUGA